CGGACGGGAGGCGAGAGAGGCUGCGAUUACGAUGGGGAGAGAUUCAGCGUUUUACUGCCGCCGCGGGCGCGCGGCGAGCUCCAGUCGGCGAUCGUCCUCCACCUCGCGGCAAGUUCUCGAGGGGCCGGCUACGAGACGCUGCGCCUGUUCACUAGCCGCUCGCCCCGAGGAGCAUGGCCGACUAGGCUGACAGCGCGAGCAGGCCACAUCUCGACCGUCCGCGAGCGAGCGGCAGCAGCUGGUGAAAUGACGACGAAGCUGGAGCAAGUAUCCGCGGAGCCGGAGGCAAGAGCUCAGCCGCCGGCGGAAGGCGAGGAGAGGAGCGAGCCGGCUCGGGGCUCGUGGGCCAGCAAAACCGAGUUUCUGCUGUCGUGCGCCGGAUACGCUAUCGGGAUCGGCAACGUCUGGAGAUUUCCCUAUCUGUGCUACAGGAACGGCGGCGGGGCCUUCCUAGUGCCGUAUCUGCUGAUGCUGUUUCUCUGCGGCAUCCCCCUGUUCUUCAUGGAGUCGUCCAUGGGCCAGUUCGGCGGCACUGGCUGUAUAACCAUGUUCCGCAUGAGUCCCCUGUUCAAAGGCGCGGGAUUCGCCAUCGUCAUAGUCAAUGUCAUCUGCACGAUGUACUACAACGUGGUGAUAGCCUAUCCGCUGAUGUUCCUGGCGAUGUCCUUCAGGCAGACUCUGCCCUGGGAGGGCUGCGACAAUCCCUGGAACACCUACAACUGCUUGAAGUUGGGCGGAGAGGUGUUCGCGGAGAAGAACGAGACCGAUCAGAUCAGGUUGAUCGAGAAGACGAAGACGCCGGCCGACGAGUUUUUUCACAACCACAUCCUCGAGAUAUCGGGCAGCAUUAACGAGCUGGGCGGCAUCGUCUGGCCGCUGUUCGCCUGCAACGUUGUCUCGUGGAUCAUCGUCUACCUGUGCAUCUGCAACGGAGUGAAGACCGUCGGCAAGGUGGUCUACUUCACCGCCACUUUUCCGUUCGUCAUCCUGUUCAUUCUGUUCGUGCGGGGUGUGACGCUUCCCGGAGCCACGGACGGCAUUCUGUUCUACAUCAUGCCCAAGUGGGAGGAGCUGCUCAACUUGAAAGUGUGGGCCGACGCAGCCAUCCAGAUAUUCUUCUCGCUGGGCCCCGGCUGGGGCGGCAUCGUCAACAUGGCCAGCUACAAUCCGUUUCGCAACAACAAUCGGCUAGACUCGAUCCUGGUGCCGAUACUGAACUGUGGGACGAGCAUUUUCGCGGGAUUCGUGGUGUUCUCGGUGCUCGGCUUCAUGUCCUUUAAGACGGGUCUGCCGAUAUCGACCGUCGCCACUGGAGGGCCCGGACUGGCCUUCGUCACCUAUCCAGAGGCGAUAACGAUGCUCCCGUUCCCGCAGCUCUGGGCGGUCCUCUUUUUCACGAUGCUCUACCUCUUGGGAAUGGAUAGUUGUUUCGUGCAAAUCGAGGCCAUCAUAUCGAGCGUGACCGACGCUUAUCCGGAGCUGAGGCGGCGCAAGUCACUGGUCACCUUCGGCUCCCUAGUCAUCUUGUUCAUCGGCUCGACCAUCUUCGUGACGAACGGCGGCAUGUACGUUCUGCAAAUGUUCGACUGGUACGCCGCAUCGAUUUCCGUGAUAUCCAUCUGCCUGGUCGAGGUCAUAGUCGUCGGUUGGACGUACGGCUGCGAAAACUUCGUGCGAGACGUGGAGUUCAUGAUCGGCGAGAAGCUGCACUGGUGGUGGCCGUUCUGCUGGAAGUACAUGACGCCCGUCAUACUAUCCUUUAUCUUUGUGACAACCGUUCUGUUCAACACGCGAAUUACUUACAACGGAGUCGACUAUCCCGAGUGGGCCGUCGCCGUAGGCUGGUGCUCCUGCCUCGUCAGCAUGCUCUGCAUUCCCGGCUACAUCAUCUGCUACUUGGUCUUCGGAAAGGGAACGCUAGCGGAGAAGAUUGCCCACGGUACUAAUCCAACGAGCGAGUGGGGACCGACACAGGCAGAAGACAGAGAAGCCUGGGAGAAAUUCGUCAAGAGCACGCGGAGGCUGUCGAAUCACCCGCUCGUAAAUGGCGUCAAAGUAACCGGAUGUUGACCAGCACCUGGACUAAGGUUCGGGCGCUCGAGUCACGGUGAUACAUUCGCGGGCCACAAUGCUCGAUCAACGGCGUCUUGCCAGGCAUCGAUCACUGACGCGCUGUUAGAGAGCCUAUACAUUUUUGUAAAGUUCAAUAAACAUCUGCUAC